AACAGAAACAGGACUCGAGGAGAAUGUAGGGGCAUGUGCUCAAGUACAACACGUCCAGCGACUCAGUGAUUAAUAUUCACUCUAAACACGUGUAAAAAGAUACUUUGUGUUAAAAUGCUAAAAAUGUAGCAUUUCAAGGCAGGCGCUUUCACCCCGCGUGCCGAGCGCGAGACGACAAAGCGGAGGAGAGCAGAGGGAGGGAGGGAAAGAAGAGGGAACAGCCCCUGAUUCCGCUCGUGCAUUUUUAACGGCGUUGUGGAACUUUGCGGCUUGUUGCCAUGACAUCUGGGCUAUACCGUUACAUCCGUCACCAUCAGCACGCAGCAGCUCCGAGUAACUCCCCAGACUCGACAAAGUAGUUACAGUUAGUUCCAAACGCCAAAGUUCAUCGUGUAGCUUCUCGUUUCUACCAGGCAAGACAUUGCUGUGUGCAAAAGUUUCUUGAAAUGACCCUGAAUACACAGAGAGGGGGUAAAGAGAUGGUGAGGAGAAGGGCUAGUUCUCCAAUCCCCUCCUCUCUGCAUGGAGGGAUACACAAACAAUCUCAGCAUCCUCUACUGGCCCAGUCCGCCUCCUACCAGGCCGGAGACGUGAAACUACGCCUGCAAGCUCACUGGUCCUCAGACUCAGAGGAGUCCGACAGCUCAGGCUAUGAGUGUCUCUAUCGGGUCAUCCUACUGGGUGAUCAUGGAGUUGGCAAGUCCAGCCUCGCCGGCAUUUUUGCCGGAAUCCAAGAAAAAGAUGCCCAAAACUGCAUAGGUGAGGAUAUGUAUGAAAGAACAAUGACAGUGGACGGAGAAGAAACCACUCUUUUAGUAAUGGACACAUGGGAAGCAGAAAAGCAGGAAGAGGACCAGAAGUGGGUGCAGGACUACUGCAUGCAGGUUGGGAAUGCGUACGUCAUAGUUUACUCCAUCACCGAGCGCAGUAGCUUUGAAAGUGCAUCAGAGCUACGCAUUCAGCUGCGACGAAUCCGUCAAGCUGAGAACAUUCCCAUCAUUCUUGUUGGCAACAAAAGUGACCUGGUGCGCUGUCGUGAGGUAGCAGUGGAAGAGGGACGGGCAUGCGCUGUCGUUUUUGACUGCAAAUUCAUUGAGACAUCAGCAUCGUUGAACCACAAUGUCCAAGAGCUGUUUGAAGGCAUUGUGAGGCAGAUCCGUCUGCGACGGGACAGCAAAGAGACCAGUGAGCACCGCCAUUCCAUUUACAAGCGCAAGGAAAGCAUCACCAAAAAGGCCCGCCGCUUCCUCGACAGACUGGCGGCCAAGAACAGCAAAAAAAUGGCCUUGAAAGUUCGUUCCAAAUCCUGCCAUGAUCUAGCUGUUUUAUGAACUCUUCUCUUAACUUUUGAUAGCUUUGAAAACCACCAGGUAUCAAGUUUUUAUGUGUGAUAUUUUGUCAUUAUUUAUUAUUUAUUUAGCUUUAAGGUUUGAAGAGAAUGGAUGACAUUUUUGAGAAUCUUUUUAAAAAUAUGUUAGGAUGAGAAGCCAUAAAGCAGUUGUGCUGGAUCGAACAAUUGUCUCAAACUUUAGUAGACUUUCCCUUUGUUGGACUUCUUCCUGUUUGCCUUAGAUUUAGUAGACGUCUACAUACCAAAAAAAAAUUAAAAGACACAAGGAAGUAACAAAACAUUAAUUUUUUUUUAAAGGGUAAUUAAAGAAACUGUACUCAUCAAGAUAUAAUAUUUUAUCUGGGAUUGAAAUGACGCUUUCCCAUCUGGGAACAAGUUGACAUGAAACUAUACCAGCAAAAUGUUUCCAUUUUAAUUGAUUAAACAUCUGUAGCUUAAGGUAUACUAAAGCUCUAUUUAUACUAUCUAAUAUUGAAAAAAAAAAAAGUUUAUUGUCUUCAGGAUCAUGGUAUUAAUGAUCAUUUAUUAUAGAAAAGCAUCAUAAAAAAAGCUACUACAGGUAA